AAUUCUGCAGGAUACAAAUCUGGCCACCGAAUAGAGACACAACAUACAUUUAAAAAGAUAUAUGAUGAGAAGACAUCCCAGAAGGUGCUUUUUGAUAAUGUGGCCAUGCCCUUGGUUGAUGAUUUGAUUCACGGCAAAAAUGGUUUGAUAUUUGCUUAUGGUAUCACUGGGUCUGGUAAGACACACACCAUGACAGGAACUCCCAGUAACAGUGGCUUACUUCCGAGGUGUUUAGAUGUCAUCUUUAACUCUAUCGGAGAAUUGCAGGCGCCCAAAUGUGUCUUCAAACAAGACAAAUCAAAUGGAAUUGAAAUUCAAACAGAACUUGAAGCAAAACUUGAAAAAGAAAAGCGCGAAAAAGAAGCUGCUCUCCAGGCGACUCCAGGUGGAAGAAACAGGAAUGCUGAUAAUGACUUUGCUGAUGUUAUAAGAGUAGCUGAAACUGGAGUUAUUUCUGAAGUGGAUGAGGAUAACAGCUAUGCAGUGUUUGUGUCAUACUUUGAAAUAUACAACAACUAUAUUUAUGAUCUCCUUGAUGAGACUCCUGUGGAUCCCAUCUGCCCAAAACCACCAGUUUCAAAAAAUCUUAGGGAAGAUGUGAAUCGUAAUAUGUAUGUCAGUGGUGUCACGGAAAUUGAAGUCAAAAGCACAGAAGAGGCUUACAGUAUAUUCUGGAAAGGCCAAAAGAAGAGGCGUGUUGCCAACACAAUACUGAAUCGUGAGUCUAGUAGGAGCCACAGUGUGUUUGCUGUCAAGAUGGUACAAGCACCUUUAGAUCCUGAUGGUGAGGAGGUCUUACAGGAUAAAGAUCAGAUUGCUGUAGCCACAUUAUCACUGUGUGAUCUAGCAGGAUCUGAGAGGACAAAUAGGACAAGAGCUGGUGGAGACAGACUGAGAGAAGCAGGUAACAUCAAUGCAUCCUUGAUGACAUUAAGAACUUGUAUGGAGGUUCUGAGAGAGAACCAAGCAAAUGCUGAGAAUGGUGUUUCUCCAAAGAUUGUUCCCUAUAGAGACACAAAGCUGACUCAUCUGUUUAAGAAUUUCUUUGAUGGAGAAGGAAAGGUGCGAAUGGUGGUCUGUUUAAACCCCAAUGCUGAUGAUUAUGAUGAGAGUGUGCAUGUCAUGAAAUUUGCAGAAGUUACACAAGAUGUUGUUAUAGCCAGACCAGAGUCAGUCAGAUUUGAGACAGGACUGACUCCAGGAAGAAGAAGAGCAAAUCAAAUGUACAAGGAAGUUCUAGCAAAGGUUGAGGAAAAUAAUGGUAAUGGUGAAACUGUGAUUGUAGCCAAGCCAGUUCAUACCAUGGGACCGCCUUUCCCUCUUUUUGAGUUGAAUUCUCCAGAAGAUAGUGCAACACUGAUAAAUUUGAUGCACUACCUUCAAGAUAGACAAAGACGGCGACAAACCCUUAUUGAUGAAAUGUCUAGAAAAGAGGGGAUUUUCAGGGCUCAUCUCUUGGCAUUUGAAAAAGAAAACAGUCAAUCAAAUGGAAUUGUAGCAAGCCUGAAAGCAACAAUUGAGGAGAAAGACAGAGAGAUUCAGAAACUUGAAAGAAGACUCAAGGCUUUAACGCAAAAGAACGAAAUGCUUCACAAGACGGCAGAGAUGUACGAACAAGACAAGAAAGAACUACGAUAUGAGCUGGAUGAUCAGAAGAAAAGAGCCGACAAAGAGAAAACCGAUAAACUCAAAAUGCGCCAGGCUUUGAAAGGAGUAGUGUCGCAAGAAAAGGGAAAGUGGGAACGAGAGUGUUCGAAACGCGUCAAGGACAAGGAAAUAGAGAUGCAAGCCAAAAUGUGGCAGAAAGAUGAAAAACUAAGACAACUGAAGGAGAUUGUGCAGAAUAUGAAGACGAAUGACUCGGGUCCUGUCACUCGUGCCCAACUUAAAGCCGCGUCCAUGCCUAGAUCCAAGUCUCCCCCGCCCGUGUCCAGAAAGCCUCCGAUUAAAUCUCGUCACAGACGAUCCAAGUCUUCAGAUUGUUGGAUAGAGCACAAGCCCUCGACUCACUUAGAAACAGGUACAGUAAUGAAACCAUUGAUAAAGAACAAGAAAACUGUUGCCAGGCCUGGUGAGAAGGACUUCAAAGGCACUAAUGCCACAAACUAUGUUUUAGCCCACCAAGAGGAAGACUCUGCGGGUGAAAUUGAGACUAAGUUGAUCAAAGGAGACGUGUACCAGACUGUGGGUGGAGGUCACAGUAUUCAGUUUACAGAAGUGGAAACAUUGAAAACAAGAUCUGAUGAACUCACCAGUCCAGGAAGGAAACGAAGAGCGUCUGACUCGAUCGAUGAUGAAAGUACCUCCAGCUGGACUGAUGUGGAAACAAGGUGUUCAACGGCAAUCGAAGGCAGGCCUGGGAUGGGACCCAGUUAUUGUCACACUGCAGCUAAGAAAAAGAAGCCUUAGAGAUAUCACUUCUGACAUGUGGUGGGUGGUUUCUAAUACAAAUAGCGUCCGUCCUCGGCUGUGGCAGAAUCUAACCUCGAGACUGACGAGAAACUCAGAUUACCUUGCUAGUUAAUUUCGAUCAUCAAACUAUGAUGGGGAAACUGAUUUGCCCAUAGCUUAAAGAAAUAGUUUUAACUAAUGAAUUCCCGUGUAAAUGAACCCUUCUUUGGGGAGAAAGUUAAGAAUAUGAAAUAAGGCAAGUUGUGACAGUUAUAUUAACGGCGCUAUCAUUCUGUUGCUUUGUGAACAUAGUUGACUCUUAUCAAUUAUUGAUGGUUCAGUUUUUAAUCCUUUGUUUCCAUUUUAGUAUGUUUUUUUCAUUUCAUCCUCUGAUAAGUAGUCACUGUAAAAAGCUGUAGGUAAUAGCUAAUAAAUAUUACAGUAGUACUGAA